GGGGCAGCGCGGGCGGCGUCUGGGCAGGCCGAGAUCGCGGUGACUGGCGGGACUCUUGCCGGCUCUCGGGUGCGCUGUCGGUCACCUCCCCAAUACCGAGUCCUUUACACUCCUGUGUGCCGGCGGUCACUCCCACGUCGCACAUUCAUAGGUUGAGGGCCAGAAAUUAAGUCUUCCCCAGAAGAGCCCUGUUUCUUGCGGCUCCAGGAUCCUGUUACUGUGGACACCACGCACUCUAGUCCACAUGGAGGAAAGGUUGUGUGGGAAGAGCUAGAUACUUAAAAUAACAGACCAGAUCUAGUAGGCGGCAGAGAGUAAGGAAUAGGGUGUGACUUCAGGGGAUGUGACCCUCCCACGCCCCCGUAUCCUAAAGUGCUUUGUCUGUCGGGAACAGAUCUUGGCCCCGUUCCAAGCACUCCUGAUGCCUCAUUUGCCUCCGGCCUCCUUCCGACACUCACUCUGGGGGCUGAGGUCCUCACGGGGCCUCCCCAAGUCCCAUCCACUCUCUACACAGUCAGAGCCCCAUGGUUCCCCCAUCUCCCGGAGGAACCGCGAAGCCAAACAGAAGCGCCUGCGGGAGAAGCAGGAGGCGCUGGAGGAUGGAUUAGCCUGGAAGAGCAAGUCACCUGCAGAAUCCAGUAAGGCCUGGACUCCUAAAGAAAUAGUGUUGUAUGAAAUCCCCACGGAACUUGGUGAAAAGAAAGAUGUCUCCGGGCCACUGCCUCCUGCAUACAGCCCCCAGUAUGUUGAGGCUGCCUGGUACCCUUGGUGGGUACGAGAGGGCUUCUUUAAACCGGAAUAUCAGACCAGGCUGCCCCAGGCCACAGGGGAGACCUUUUCCAUGUGUAUCCCCCCUCCUAACGUCACUGGCUCCCUGCAUAUCGGGCACGCACUGACCGUGGCCAUCCAGGAUGCUCUCGUGCGCUGGCACCGGAUGCGUGGAGAUCAGGUGCUGUGGGUCCCGGGCUCAGAUCAUGCAGGAAUUGCUACCCAAGCUGUGGUGGAGAAACAACUGUGGAAGGAACGAGGAGUGAGGAGACAUGAUCUGAGCCGGGAAGAUUUCCUCAGGGAGGUGUGGAAGUGGAAGGAGGAGAAAGGUGGAGAGAUCUGUGAGCAGCUGCGAGCCCUAGGGGCCUCCCUGGACUGGGACCGAGAGCGUUUCACUAUGGAUGCUGGCUCCGCAGUGGCUGUGACCGAAGCAUUCGUGCGACUCCACAAGGCAGGGUUAUUGUACCGGGGCCGGCAGCUCGUCAACUGGUCAUGUGCUUUAAGAUCCGCCAUCUCGGAUAUUGAGGUGGAGAGCCGACCCCUGCCUGGCCGCACGGAGCUUCGCCUGCCCGGCUGCCCCAGCCCCGUGUCCUUCGGUCUCCUCGUCUUUGUGGCCUUCCCUGUGGAUGGAGAGCCUGACGCAGAGGUCGUGGUAGGAACCACAAGGCCAGAGACGCUGCCUGGAGACGUGGCUGUGGCCAUUCAUCCCGACGACUCCCGAUUCACACAUCUACAUGGGAGACAACUUCGUCACCCCUUGACAGGGCAUCUUCUCCCCCUCAUCACAGACGCCACUGUGGAGCCACACGUGGGCACAGGGGCAGUGAAGGUGACUCCGGCUCACAGCCCUGCUGACGCUGAGCUAGGGGCCCGACAUGGCUUGCACCCUCUGAGUGUCAUCGCGGAGGAUGGGACCAUGACCUCCCUCUGUGGAGACUGGCUGCAGGGCCUUCACCGGUUUGUGGCCCGGGAGAGGAUUAUGUCCGCACUGAAGGAGCGGCGUCUGUUCCGGGGCCUCCAGGACCACCCCAUGGUGCUGCCCAUUUGCAGCCGUUCCGGGGACGUGGUAGAAUACCUACUGAAGAGCCAGUGGUUUGUCCACUGCCGGGAGAUGGGGGACCGAGCUGCCCAGGCUGUGGAGUCGGGGGCCCUGGAGCUCAGCCCAUCCUUCCACCAGAAGAACUGGCGGCACUGGUUUUCCCACAUUGGGGACUGGUGUGUCUCCCGGCAGCUGUGGUGGGGCCAUCGGAUCCCAGCCUACCUGGUUGUAGAGGAGCAACAGGGGGCAACCGUGAAGGCUGACAGGGAGGACUGUUGGGUGGUCGGGCGGACAGAGGCUGAGGCCAGAGAAGUAGCUGCAGCACUGACGGGGAGACCGGGGGCGGAGCUGACCCUGCAAAGGGACCCUGAUGUCCUGGACACAUGGUUCUCUUCAGCUCUUUUCCCCUUUUCUUCCCUGGGCUGGCCCCAAGAGACCCCAGAUUUCACGCGUUUCUACCCCCUGUCCCUUUUGGAAACGGGCAGUGACCUCCUGCUGUUCUGGGUGGGCCGCAUGGUCAUGCUGGGGACCCAGCUCACAGGGCAGCUCCCCUUCCGCCAGGUACUUCUCCACUCCAUGGUUCGGGACAGGCAGGGCCGGAAGAUGAGCAAGUCCCUGGGGAAUGUGCUGGACCCGCGGGAUAUCAUCGCUGGGGUGGGGCUGCAGGUGCUGCAGGAAAAGCUGAGGGAAGGGAACUUGGACCCCGAAGAGCUGGUGAUCGCAGCUGCAGCGCAGAGAAAGGACUUUCCUCACGGGAUCCCUGAAUGUGGGACCGAUGCCCUGAGAUUCACCCUGUGCUCCCAUGGGGCCCUGGGGGGUGACUUACACCUGUCUGUCUCUGAGGUCUUGAGCUCCCGCCAUUUCUGCAACAAGAUCUGGAAUGCCCUGCGUUUCAUCCUCAGUGUCCUGGGCCGGGGGUUCGUGCCCCAGCCCUCAGAGGAGCUGUCCCCCUCGUCCCCCAUGGAUGCCUGGGUGCUGAGCCGCCUGGCCCGCACUGCCCACGAGUGCGAGCGAGGAUUCCUUACCCGGGAGCUCCCGCUUGUUGCCCACGCCCUGCACCACUUCUGGCUCCACAGCUUGUGUGAUGUGUACUUGGAGGCUGUGAAGCCUGUGCUGUCGCACGCACCCCGCCCGCCAGGGCCGCCUCAGGUCCUGUUGUCCUGCGCUGAUGUCGGUCUCCGCCUCCUCGCCCCGCUGAUGCCCUUCCUGGCUGAAGAGCUCUGGCAGAGGCUGCCCCCCACGCCUGGUGGCCCCUCUGCCCCCAGCAUCUCUGUCGCCCCUUACCCCAGUGCCCGCAGCUUGGAGCACUGGUACCAGCCCGAGCUGGAGCGGCGCUUCUCCCGGGUCCAGGAGGCCGUGCAGGCGCUGAGGGCUCUCCGAGCCACGUACCAGCUCACCAAGGCCCGGCCCCGAGUGCUUCUGCAGAGCUCAGAGCCUGGAGAACGGGGCCUCUUUGAGGACUUCCUGGAGCCCCUGGGCACCCUGGGCCACUGUGGGGCUGUGGGGCUCUUACCCCCAGGUGUAGCGGCUCCCUCCGGCUGGGCCCAGGCCCCACUGGGGGACACCAUUCAGGUCUACAUGGAGCUGCAGGGCCUGGUGGAUCCCCAGACCCAUCUACCUCUGCUAGCUGCCCGAAGACACAAGUUGCAGAGGCAGCUUGACAACCUUAUAGCCCGGACCUCAUCAGUGGGAGAGGCAGAGACUCGGAGGCAGCAGAGGAUUUCUUCCCUCCAGCUGGAAUUGUCGAAACUGGACAAGGCGGCCUCUCACCUCCGACAGCUGGUAGACACGUCUCCCAGCCCCAGGGAACCCUGAGCUCUCACCAUCCUUGGAGGAUUUCCUUCCUCCCAGACCUGCUUUUGAGGACAAACUGAUCGGGCAGCUGUCGGCGUGGUGGCGCCUCAGAGACUAUGGGUCCACGUCCCUCAUUCUGUAAAUGAGGAAACAGACUGGCUUGGUCAGAGUGGCUGUGGGUCACUCACAUUUCUACCCCAGCUUCCCUCAUGUGCAGUCCCACCUGGAAGUUUAGGAAAGAAGAAAUUUACAUAAGCUUUUAAAAUUUCAAA